AUUAGAAGAAAAUGAAAAUUUACGACAGAUCAAUUAUAAAUAUAAAAGUUCAAUAAACGUUCUUGAAAACACCAAAACAGAUAUUGAAGUCGAAAAUGAUCAAUUACAAACAGAAAAUUCUACUUUACGGAAAGAAAUUAAAAAAUAUCAAGAACAAAUAUCGACAUUAACAAAAGAAAAAGAAAAUUUAUUGUAUAAAAAUAAUGAUACUUGUGAAGAACAUGCACAAUCAAUUCGAGAACUUGAAAUUGAGUUGGAGGAAUGUAAGAAAACUGUAAUUGGCCUUAAUAAAACGAUCAGUAAUCUUGAAACAGAAAAUAAAAAAAUAAUUGAUGAAUUAUUACAAUUAAAAAUGGAAGUACCUGAUGAAGAAGAAACCGAUGAUAUUCGAGAAAUGAAAUUAAUAAUUGAACAACAACAAUUAGAUAUAAAUACGUAUUGUUGUAGAAAUAAUAAUUUAAUUUCGGAAUUAAAUGAAAUAAAAAACAUUUUAGAGUAUAAAAGUCAACAAUUAAUUGAUUUGAAUCAUUUAAAAGAAUCGUUAAACGAUGAGGUUGCAACACUUCGUACGGAAUUGGAAUUGUUAAAAACAAACGUUGCAAAUCCUGCUAGUAAAGGAAAUUCAUUGUUUGGUGAAGUUUAUGAUAGUCGAGAAAAAUUACAAAAGAAACUAUCAUUAUUAAAAAAACAUUGCAUUGAUAUCAAGAGUAAGUAUGCUGUACAGCUUGCAGAAAACAAAAAACUAAGUAAUGAAAAUUUAAUUCUAUCGAAACAAUGGAAAGAUGAAGUCAGUAAUCGAUUUAAUAUCGAAUAUACAUGGAAGGGAGCGCAUGAACAAACUAUCGAAGGUCUAAAAGAAAAUAUUAAGUUUUUGAAAAACGAAAUCAAGAACCUCGAUAAAUUUUCGAUUCCGAAAGUGCCGCUUACCGAAAAAUGGAUGUAUGAUAAUGUGAAAGAAUUAUAUGAGCGAAAUCAAAAGUUAAUAAUCGAAGCUGAAGAAAAAAUAAACCAGAAAAUUUUUGGUGAUUUAUUACUUAGCGAACGUUUAAAUUCCGUGGAGCGCGAAGUCAAUAAAUGGAAAUCAAUCGCAACAACUUACGAAAUAGAAAAAAAUAAUUUACAAUUAGAAUUAGAUCGUUUAAAAACAAAAGAUGAUCCAAUGUUGAAUGAUCCCCAAGAAUUGAUCGAACUUUUCAAAGAUAUCGAAAAUAAAGAAAAUGUUAGCCUGGUGUCAAAUAGUAGCGUACUUAACAUAACUGUAGAAUCCGAUACAAGUUUUUAUGCAGAAAAACUACUAAAUUUAAAAUCUGAAAAUCCGAAAAUUAAAUUGGAAGAAGGGAUUAACAACAUGAAAGUGAGUGAAGAAAACUCUAUUAAAAUCGAAAAACCAAAAGUUACUUUUAAACAAGAAAAUGCCAGUGUUGUUAAGGAUAAAAAUGUAUAUCAUACACCUCCACCAGGUCGAGUGUUUAUACCGAAAAGAAGAAUCUUUGUUAAAUCUAUUAAAUCGGAAGAUGCAAAAUGAAAUUUUCUUUUAUUAGACGAAUAUUUUUCCUUAUUUAAAUAAUUCGAUACUAGAGGCGCACGCGUUUAAAAAACAAUUUCAAAAAUUUCAGUAAAUUCAACUUUAUACAGUGUGU